AUGAUGGAGCAAGCACGUUUAAUUAUGAAUAGCUGCAGCAUAGCAGUGAUCCUUUUGUUCCUGAGUCAGACGUCGGGAUUGACUCCACAAUGCAGGAAUGAAAAGGGGGAGCCAGUUGAUUGGUUUUAUGUUUACAAGCUACCGAGAGAAAGAAAUCAUUUAAAUCCACUUGUAAGGAGAGGAGUUGCAUACAUGCAUUUGACUCCAUCUAAAUUGAGAGGUGGAUGGAUAAUGUCUGAUCUAGCUAUUAGUGAUCCAAAAUCUAUGGUUGGACGGACACUUGCACCAUUAUAUCAGGACAAAAAUAUCAUAUCCAUGAUCUAUAAUGAUCAACCUCCAUCAACAGAAAAUAAACCUGACUUGUUGCAGUCUGUUGCAGAAAUGUAUUCAAAGAGCAAAAAAGGACAGCAGAAACAAUCAAAUACGAAGAAGUAUAAAAAAUUUAAACUAGGCGAUAAGUAUUAUGACGACUACGAUUUGGCUGAAAUGUGUAAAAUGCAUUCAAGAUUCAUGAAAACCAGAGUGGAAAAUGGUCAUACAAAGGGGGUCAUACUCGGGGACAAGUUCACUUCUUUAUGGCUGGUACACUCGGUACCACGAUUCCCACCAGUGCCUGAUAUGAAUGGUCUCAAUGGCACUUCAUACAAUUAUCCAACAAGCGGCAUGAAGUUUGGACAAUCAUUCCUCUGUGUCUCCGUCCAAACUGCCACACUCAACCAGAUAGGAAUGCAAUUAAAGUACAAUGAGCCAUCUAUUGUCUAUCAUCACCUACCAGCAGAAUUUGAAAAUGAGUUGCCCAAUUUGAUGGAUGUUAUAAGAAAUAAGACUGUUGAUGCUUCGCCCUGGUACCACAUAGAAAGUUUUGAGACUCUAGUCGGCCGCAAGUUCCUGUCUUUUGCAAAGAGCGCGAUGUUCAAUGAUGAUUUAUACAGCGGUCUAGUAGCUGAAGUGCUGCAGUCAGACUUACUAGUGGAAUCUUGGAUGAAUGGGCCUGGUACCUUAGACUCCGAAUGCAAUAGAAACUUUCAAGUACGAAACAUAGAACGGCUCAAGUUUCCCAUAGCAAAGAUGUCAUUCACAUCACACAACGAUCAUUCGAAAUGGGCAGUUGCUGUAGCGCAUAAGAUGCACAACAGCCAGGACACUAAAGUGGCGGACUACUGGGUCUGUGUUGGCGAUAUUAAUAGAGCGUUGCCACAAGAAUCACGAGGCGGUGGAACAGUAUGCACUUCCGGUCCCAUACUGUGGGGUAACUUUGCUCAUCUUAUAGAGUCCGUUCAGACUUGUAAUAAUUAA